AUGAAGUACGCUGUCGCUCUCGCUCUGCCCCUGCUAGUCGCUGCCCAGACCGUGGACAAGAAUGCCGUGAAAAUCUCCAGCGUGUCCUACUCUGGCAACGGCUGUCCACAAGGAUCUGCGUCGACGUCGAUCUCGGACGACAGGACUAUUGUCACUCUGGGCUUUGACGGCUUCCAGACGUACAUCGGACCCGGCUACGACCCCACCCAGAAGACCAAGAACUGCCAGCUGCAUCUCUCCCUGAGCUACCCCAGCGGCUUCAACUUCGCCGUCAUCGACAGCGUAUACCACGGUUUCGCCGAGCUCGACGCCGGCGUGACGGGCACUUUCUACUCGACCUACUACUUCAGCGAGAACGCUGCCGCGACGACCACGACGCAGACGUCCAUCAAUGGCGGCGGCAUCUGGGCCGACGGCCAGGUGUACACCAAGGAGAAUCUGGUGCCGAGCGAGAAGUACGUUCGGUCGCGGUGCGGCGGCGGGUCCUCGAUCCUGAACAUCAACAACCGUAUCGCCCUCACAAGCACUGAUAGCGAUGCCUCGGGCGUGCUAACAAAUGAUGAUGCUACUGUUGCCUUUACACACCAGGUCCAUCUGAAGUGGUUCAAGUGUUAGGUCCGCAGCCAGGUGGAGACAAAAGAUCUAUAGGAGCGGUGCAGGAUCCGAUAGAUCCGAUUUCCUAGUGGGCAUUCAUUUCGAGCAUUCGUGGGAUUUUCUGGUCCGCCUUCGGAUUGAGUCCACCAUUUGG